AAUUGAGGAAAUCAGUGUUGCUUGGUGCUCAAUUGGUGCAGGUAGUGUGCUUAGAAAUCUGGUACAGCAGAGGUACCCGUCAAGCUUUGCUGGUCAGAGGGCCAAUUAUCGAGGAAUUUCAAAUGCAGCAAAGGAGGAAGGACUUGGUACUAAAACUGCACCCUAUUUCAUAGUAGAGAAAGAUCUACUUAAGAAGGAGCUUCUGCGUACCUCUGGAGGCCUUAUAGUUACUGCCGCUGCCUACUAUGCUGUUAAUCAGUUGAUGAAGAAUCUGGAAGUACCUAAGUCUGAAGCUCUUAAUCAGUUAAUGAAGAAUCUGGAAGUUCCCAAGUCAGAAGAUUUGGAAGAAGUUCCCAAGCCUGAGGAUUCCAAAGAUGAUCUUCAGCCUGAAUAUUUGGAAGAAGAUCUUGAUCCUGAAGAUUGGGAAGAAGAUCCUGAACCUGAAGAUUCGGAAGAAGAUCCCGAGUCUGAAGAAUGGAAAGUACCUACGGUUUCAAGCACAAAAUUCAGUGAUGUGAAGGGUGUUGAUGAAGCCAAAGCUGAGCUUGAGGACAUAGUUCAGUACCUACGUGAUCCCAACAGUUUCACAAGCCUUGGUGGCAAGCUUCCAAAGGGUGUUCUGCUUGCUGGCCCACCUGGCACAGGAAAGACCAUGUUGGCAAGGGCUGUGGCCGGCGAAGCAGGCGUACCGUUCUAAACGUGCAGCGGCAGUGAAUUCGAGGAGAUUUAUGUGGGUGUUGGGGCUAAAAGAGAAUGCAGGUGAUACAAAGACAGAGAGGCAGACACUGAAUCAGCUGCUUGUUGAAAUGGAUGGCUUCGAACAGAAUGAAGGGAUCAUCGUUCUCGCUGCGACCAACCUCAUGCAGUCACUAGAUAAAGCCGCUAUUAGACCCGGUCGUUUUGACUGCCAUGUUCAGGUUCCUAAUCCAGAUAUCGAGGGCCGGCGGCAGAUCCUCGAGGCUUGUAUGUCAAAGGUCAAAUCCAGGGGUGUGGAUCUGAUUGCCAUUGCGAGGGGGACACCGGGAUUCUCAGGUGCAGACCUUACAAACUUGGUGAACGUUGCUGCUCUUAAGGCUGCCAAAGAUGGGGCAGAAGCUGUUAUGAUGGAUCAUGUUGAAUACGCCAAGGACAAGAUCAUGAUGGGUAGCGAGCGCAAAUCAGCUGUUAUACCUGAUAAAUGCAGGAAGAUGACUGCGUACCACGAGGGAGGUAGGGCACUUGUUGCUUUGCACACGGAUGGUGCUCGCCCUAUCCACAAGGCUACCAUUGUCCCGAGAGGCAACACUCUUGGCAUGGUGAUGCAGCUGCCAGAGGAAGAAGAUGCGUAUAAAGUCUCAAGGAAAAAGAUGUUGGCAAAAUUGGAUAUCCUCAUGGGAGGUAAAGUGGCUGAGGAGCUUAUAUUUGGGGACAACGAGGUGACUUCUGGUGCCCUGUCUGAUCUAAGCGAGGCAACUAAGUUAGCGACAGACAUGGUCACCAAGUAUUGUAUGAGUCAGCAGAUUGGUCUUGUUUCCUAUGGCAAUGGUGAUGGUGAGAAAAUGGCAGCUUUGAGCGGGUAUACAACAGCCCUGGUCGACGAGGAGGUGAAAGAAUUACUGGCCAAGGCUUACAACAACGCGAAAAAGAUUGUCACGGCGCACAGUAGGGAGCUUCACGUGCUAGCUGAUGCCCUCCUUGAGCAUGGAACUCUCACUGGAGAUCAGAUCAAGAAGCUAGUUCCGCCUAGUAAAUAAAUGGGUCUAGCAGAAUCAGGGAACAGAUUCUUUGUCCUACCAUUGGACAGGCAAAACAG